AAAACACAGGAUGACAGGAGAAAGAUGUGUAAAGAAAAGUCUAUAACUCUAUAUUGAGCUUUCUAUGUAGACAAACAAAUGAAUUUCAUUCAUUCAUAACCUUAAAAUCAAGUCCAAGUCUCCUAAGUCAAUACUUACCUACUGAUGCGACUACAAUUCAAGCUACAAGAACACUUCCAUUAGAAAUAAACAGAACCACACACAAAUAAUAGAGCCAAAAACAAUGGCUACUGCAACAGAACCAAGCAUUGUAAACCCACCACAAUACUGGAAACUAAACAAGUGUGAUUUCUUACCAGGAGAGUCUUUCACAAGCUGGAAUGCAUACAAGUUGGAAGUCUCACAGACAUGCUACCGGUUCAAAGAUCGUAUGAUGAGUCGAUCAAACGACGCAGAUGAGCUUGGUGAGAUUCGACAGCAGAGCAAGAACGACAUGAAACGGUGCCUAAAUUGGUGGGAUUUGAUCUGGUUUGGAUUUGGGUCAGUUAUUGGGACAGGAAUUUUUGUUCUUACUGGUCAAGAAACUCAUGAUCAUGCUGGACCAGCUAUUGUACUGUCAUAUAUAGUUUCAGGGUUCUCAGCUAUGCUUUCUGUUUUCUGCUACACAGAAUUUGCAGUAGAGAUUCCAGUAGCAGGGGGUUCAUUUGCUUACCUGAGAAUUGAGUUAGGAGAGUUUGUGGCGUUCAUAGCAGCCGCGAACAUACUUUUAGAAGGCAUUGUUGGGAGUGCAGCAGUUGCUCGAGGUUGGACAUCGUACUUCACUACUCUGUUAAACCGAGAGCCAAAUUCAUUACGAUUUCAUACAAAUCUUGCAAAAGGGUUCAACCUUUUGGAUCCUAUUGCUGUUGGAGUUCUAAUAAUUGCUUCCACUUUAGCAAUCCUCAGCACAAAGAAAACUUCCAUCUUUAACUGGAUUGCAUCAGCAGUGAAUACUGUUGUGAUAAUCUUUGUAAUUAUCGCGGGAUUUUCACAUGGGAAAACAUCAAAUUUGACACCAUUUCUUCCCUUUGGAGUAAAAGGGAUUUUCCAGGCAGCAGCAGUUGUCUAUUUUGCUUAUGGUGGAUUUGACACCAUAGCGAACUUAGCUGAAGAAACAAGAAACCCAGCAAUAGAUAUACCAAUUGGCUUACUUGGGUCAAUGUCUUGUAUCAUAGUGAUAUACUGCUUGAUGGCUCUUUCACUUAGUAUGAUGCAGCCUUAUACAAAAAUCGAUCCAGACGCUGCCUACUCCAUUGCAUUCCAGAGUGUGGGAUUGAAGUGGGCAAAGCCUCUGGUAGCUCUUGGUGCUCUAAAGGGAAUGACAACAGUUUUACUAGUAGGAUCACUUGGACAAGCCCGUUAUUUGACUCAUAUAGCACGAGCUCACAUGAUCCCGCCAUUGUUUGCUUUCGUGCACCCGAAAACAAGCACUCCCAUAAAUGCCACACUCUUGACUACUAUCUUAAGUGCUGGCUUUGCUUUCUUCUCAAGCUUAGAUGCGUUAUCAAGCUUAUUGUCUAUCAGCACCUUGUUUAUCUUCAUGAUGAUGGCAGUAGCACUUCUUGUGAGAAGGUAUUACGCGAAAGGAGUCACCAAUCACAGAAAUCGCUGGACACUAACUGUAUCAUUGCUGACAAUUAUUGCAGCUUCUAUGGGAAGUGCAGCCUAUUGGAGUUCAAAUCCCCAAGGCUGGUUAGGCUACACUAUAACAGUCCCAUGUUGGUUUUUAGCAACCAUGGCGAUAGCAAUCAAAUUGCCUCAGCAACGUACACCGAAGUUCUGGGGUGUUCCUUUUGUUCCAUGGCUUCCAUCCAUGUCAAUUGCCUUAAAUAUCUUUCUAAUGGGUUCACUAAGCACUGAAGCUUUCAUAAGAUUUGGCAUCUGCACAAUCAUCAUGUUAAUAUACUACUUGAUCUUUGGUCUUCAUGCAACAUAUGACAUGGCACAUCAAAAGCUUGUUGGAGGUUCAGAAAGUACCUAACAAAAGCACCGCAAAGUGGCCAUCGUAACAGGAUGAUGUCAAUGAGAUUCAUGAAAAUCCCCAAAAUUGUCUUGAAAAGUGAAAAUUCUAAAUUUAGAGAAACCAUAUACAAGGAUAUACUACAGUUAUCAUCAUAUAUUAAUCCUCUAUGCAUAUUCAAUGUUCUUCUAGUAAUCUAAAUCUGAGCUUUACCAUAUGCAUUAGGCACCAUAGUAUUGUACUUGAAAUUGUAUUAGCAAUGAUGAAAGAAUUGGACAGCAUCAUCUACUA